AUGCUCGAUACAAAAAAUGUAAAUGAAGGCCUAACAACUGCUUGUUUUAAUAUUCCACAAACGAUCAGUGAAGCGAUUGGUAUAAUAAAAAAUGGAGAUGAAGGGGAAACAACUUAUAUGACAACCGCUUGUUCUCGUUGUAAGAAACGUCACAUAAGGUGCGAUGACCAAAGGCCUUCAUGCCAAAACUGUGAAGAAAAGGGUCAUUACUGUGUUCGUAUCCUGCCGAAAAUUUCGCGUGGACGUCCCCAAGGUACGCUUAAUAGUCAGGGGAAAUCCAUCAAAAAAAUUACAAACAAUGGAGUUAAGAAAACUAGAAAACCUAGAAAAAAACAAUUGAUCGAAUUUAAAGAUGUCAAAUUUAAUGAUAUCAUAAAAGAAUUACUCAAUCAUGAAGGUGUUGGUAUUGACGGAAAUAAUAAUAAUGAUCCAUCAACUUUGGGUUUUUAUGAUGGAUUGACGCCCUCCUCAUCUUUUCAAAGUACAUUGCCAAUACCUUCAUAUUCGUUCACAUCUUCGCAUGAUACUUACGACAUUAACAAUAACAAUACUGUCUUUGGAAGUAGCAACUUGACUGAUUCACCAAUUCAAGCUCCAUUUAGCUUUUUUGACAUCCCCAAUCGAUACAAUGUAGAUUAUACACACCAACUUCAAAUUGAAAUUCCACCUGAAAACAUUAGUGAUUUUGUGCUUGGUCCUAAUGCAUUAACUACAAAUGUUGAUCUUGAUAUAGUUAAUGAUAACUAUGGAGGUGAAGUAGAUCCAAUACUAUUCCAUCAUUUGUUAAUGCACGGUUCGUUAGAUUCAUUCAAUAGUUCUACACCAAUGAAUGAACAAUAUGUGAAUUACUUGAAAACAGCAUCUAUCCCAGAUACAAAUAUAGCAAAUGUUGGUAAUUACCAACUCGAUGCUCCUCCUAUUGAUGUAUCUCAA